CAAACAACACAACUGUCAUAUAAAAGGCACAGGUGGGUUGUAGCGCCAUAAUUCGAGAAUAGAACGGACUGACCGCUUGUGUUUAUAAAUAUAAACAAUAUGUAUAAAUUCACGAUUUUUCUUUUGGCAUUAAUAGCCGCGGUAGCUGCAAUGCCAGGUCCUGAUUUUGACUUUGGGUAUGAUAGUCACGAGGAUCAUCAUUACGGAUAUCAUGGCCACUAUCCCGAUCACCAUGGAGGAUACGAACGCUAUGGAAACGGCGGUCAUUAUGGUUAUGAGAGCCAUGGAGGCUACGGCCACCAUGGUUUUGGACUUGGAUUCGGUUAUUAUUAAACUAGCUGACGCCGCGCGGUUUCGCACGCGUGGUUCCCGUUCCCGUAAAAAUACGGGGAUAAUAUAUAGCCUGUAACAUUUCUCGAUAAAUGGGCUAUCCAACCCUGAAAGAAUUUUUUAAAUCGGACUAGUAGUUUCUGAGAUUAGCGUGUUCAAGCAAACAAACAUCUUCUAGGCAAGCGUGCUCCAUCUUAGACCUCAUCAUUGCUUUCCAUCAGGUAUGAUUGUAGUCAAGCGCAAGCUUAAAAAACCACGACAUAACAAAAAAAAAUGUUCUAUACUAAAGCCAAAUUCGAUGUGGUAUGUUUAUCAACAAACGCAUUCAAAAUAAGUUACUACUUUCAUUUUUAAUUUGUUUGUUGAUAAACAUUGCUCAUUUAGUUUGGCUUUAUAUACUAGAUGUUUGACUGUGAACCCCACUACACAAUCACGUGACAGUUAAUCUCAAGAUGUAAAAAAAUCAGUGGAAUUUGCGCGUGAUGAAAACGUCAUAAGCAUAUUACAGAAAACCACCUCCAAUUGUUGUUUUUUUUUUAAAUUGGCAAGAUACAUUUACCAUCUACAUCUACCGACCACCUGUAUAAAUAAUCUGCAAAGAAAUAAAUUGAUUGAUUAAUUGA